AUGAACGACAGUUAUUCUGCGGGUUUGGAGCCCCUUUACGUAUGCCAAUACCUCAAUCAGAUCAACUCCAGAGGCUUAUUGUUCGGAGAUCAACCAUUUCGUUUCUCGGUUCCCUCCUUCUUGUUUCAAUGGUCCCUCAUUUCAGUCAUUACUUAUUUCGUUCAAUUCCUUCUCAAGCCUGUUGGCCAGCCCUUGAUUAUUGCUCAGAUUUUCGGUGGCUUUAUAUUAGGUCCUUCAGUUCUGGGCCAAAAUGUGACAUUCUUAGAUGAAGUAUUUCCGAGAAAAUCUAGAGUGGUGCUUGAUACAGUAUCGAUUUUUGGUUUUAUCCUCUUCAUUUUCCUAAUUGGUGUGAAAAUAGAUCCAUCCAUGGUUUUAAGGCCUGGUAAGAAGGCUUUGUCUGUAGGAAUCUUAGGCUUCUUUCUUCCUUUUGGACUUGCGGCUUCUGCUGUAUUUCUCCUCAACAAAUUUUCGGCUUUGGAUAAAGACAUUUCGAGGGUGCUUCCUCAGAUAGUAGCCAUGCAAUCAAUGACAGCAUUUCCAGCUAUUACUUGCUUCCUUGAUGAUCUCAAGAUCCUUAAUUCGGACAUAGGACGGUUAGCCUCUUCUUCUUCAGUUAUAUGCGAUGUCUGCCUUUGGUCUUUCAUAAUUAUUAAGUUUGCAGCAGAUCUUGCCAGAACAAAAUCACUAAGAGUAAUCAUAGGGUCAUUGCUAUCAGGUGUUCUAUUCAUCAUCUUUGUUAUAUAUGUAAUUCGUCCAGCAGCUCUGUGGGUAGUGAGACAUACUCGAGAAGGGAGACCCGUUAAGGAGAUAUACAUUUUUCUAACCUUAGUCGGAGUAUUAAGCACUGGGUUUAUUGGCGAAGCUAUCGGUAUCCAUGCCACUGUAGCGUCCUUUGUUCUCGGUUUGGUUAUACCAGAUGGACCACCAUUAGGAGCUGCAUUAGUGGAGACACUUGAUUGCUUUGUCACUAUUCUCAUGCCACUCUUUUUCACUAUUUGUGGGCUACAAAUGGAUAUUUUUUCCAUACAGAAUUUGAAAAAUGUUGGUGUCUUGCAGUUGGUUAUAUUUGUUGCUUUCAUUGGAAAGAUUAUGGGGACAAUGUUGCCUCUUAUCUUCUGUAGGAUGCCAUUUAGAGAUGCUCUUUCUCUUGGUCUGAUCAUGAACACCAAAGGCAUUGUUGAAAUUGCUUUUCUGAAUGAUUUUAAGAACCAGGAUGUAAGUCUUCUAACACUUAACCUUGGCAUUUCUAAUCAACUUACGUACAGGGUCAUGACAGGGGAAAUCUAUACUGUUAUGAUAAUCUCAGUGGUUACUAUAACAGGAGUAAUCUCACCUAUAGUGAGGAUUCUUUACGAUCCUUCAAAGAGGUUUGUUGCUUACAAGAGACGGACACUUCUACAUUCCACAAACAAUGAUGAGCUUCGCAUACUUGCAUGUGUACACAGCCAAGAAAAUGUUCGCUCCAUCACCAGCCUCCUUCAAGUUUCCAAUCCCACAAAAACUAGUCCUAUUAAUUUAGACAUCCUCCACCUCGUGAAGCUUAUGGGUCGUUCCUCUUCUUUACUUGUUGCUCAUAGGCAACACGGGAGGUCGUCUUCAAACCGGACCGAGUCUGAGCAUAUUUUCAAUGCAUUCAAAAAGUUUGAACAGCAGGAUUCUGGAUUGUUCGUGGUACAUUGCUACAAGGCAAUCUCUCCUUAUUUGACAAUGCACAACGAUGUUUGCUCUCUGGCUCUAGAAAAGAGAACCAUUCUCAUUAUACUUCCAUUUCAAAAGCAAUAUACCUUUGAAGAGACGGUCAAAUCAUCCUAUGCAUAUAGGCAACUGAACAAAAGUGUACUUGAAAGGGCUCCUUGUUCUGUUGGGAUUCUCAUCGAUUACGAAAUUUUAAAUAAUUCCAAUCAAGUAAUAACACAAUCUUCCUCCUAUCAAGUGGUGGUACUAUUUUUUGGGGGUGCAGAUGAUCGAGAAGCACUUGCAUAUGCAUUACGAUUAUCAGAGCAUUCCAAUGUAAGGCUGACUUUGAUUCGAUUUAUAACCUCCGGUUCAGGUGAUAUUGUUCAGGGAACGGAAAGAAGCAAAAUGCUCGAUGCUGAAAUUUUGAGCCGCUUCAAGUUAAGAACGUUUGAGACUGAGGAAGUAGUAUACGAGGAGGAAAUGGUGAAAAAUGGGAGGGAUGUAAUUAUGGUAGCCAGAUCAACUGGAGAUGCUUACAACCUUGUAAUGGUAGGCAGACGUCACGGAGAAUCACCAAUUAUGGAUCAUCUUGCUAAGUGGAACCAGUGUGGCGAGUUAGGAUCAAUAGGAGAACUGCUUGCAGACUCGGAAUAUAAGGGUAAAGCUUCAGUUUUGGUGGUGCAACAACAGAUUAAAGUAUGGGGACUUAAGGACCCUGAGGAGUCGACUCAUUUAAGAAGAAUCAAGUCAUAG